CACAAAUUACACUGACUUCCCUGCGGUAGCAGAGUGGUAUCAUGAUGGCGCCAAUUUGCCUGCGGCCAGCGCUUUUGCUGGCGCUCAUCGCCCUCUCGGGCGGCAUGCUGGGCCGCUGCUCUGGCCAGCAGAACUACAGCAGCAUCAUGGAUCUAAUCAACAACCGUGCCGACCUGACCACCAUGAAGGCCGCGGUCGCCCGGGCCAACCUCACUUCGUAUCUCAGCAACGCCGCAAACACCACCGCCCUGCUACCCAAUGACGCUGCCUUCACCGCCUUCCUGGCCUCCGCAAACCUGACCGCCGCGGACCUGCUCGCGCUCAGCCCGGACGUCGUGGCCGACUUGCUGAAGUACCACAUCCUCGGCUCGAGGACCCCGCUGGCAACCCUCCUUGGCCUGGCAAGCAUGGGUCUCCUCACCGGCAACAACGCCACCGCCGCCACCAUGCUGUCCGGUGGCAGCAACAAGGAUAACGUCUACCCCUGGGCCCGCAUCACCAUCGCCUACAACGGCUCCGGCUCAACUGCAGCCAGCCUGAGCGUGCUGGCAACCAGCUCGAGCGCCAGAGUUGUCGAAAUUGACAUCUCCGCCGGACCUCGCAACGACGUUAGCAUCAUCGACAACGUGCUGACCUACUGGUAUCCAAGUGUGCAGCAGGCUCUGUCCGCCCACACCGACCUGACCAGCUUCGUGACCGGCCUCAAGACCAACGCCGCCAGUCUGUGGGGCCAGCUGGCCACCCAGACCAACGUCACCGUCUUUGCGCCCGUCAACGCGGCUGUUACUGCCGCCAAAACCAAGUACGACGUAGAUCUGGCGGUUGCCUCAACCGCCGCCGCAUCAGUCGUCAACUGCCACGUGGCCAAGGGCAUGCGCGACCUGCCCACGCCCGCCGAGGCCAACGCCGCAGUGUCCCCCCAGUACGACAGCGUCCAGCAGCCCUUGUGCCGGGUCACUGCGGUCCGCAACUCCAGCGGCCUGUACCUGGCCUCGCUGGGCGCCUCCGCCAACGUGGUGUCCACCAACUUUAUACCUGUGGGCGCGCCCUGGAGCCGCAUUGCCAGCAUCCACACCGUAGACGGGGUCGCCCUGGACACCUUUGCCAGUGUGGGCCAGUACCUCACUAUGUCCGGGUUGUCCAGCGCCGCAUCCCGCAACCUGUGGACCAGCUGGCUCGCCACCGAGUCCAGCAUCUCCAACCAGCUGAGUGACCCCAAGCUGGCGGCGGCAGUGCUUGUGCCCACCGACUCAGGCAUCAACUUGCUGGCCACCUCCAAGGGCACCACCGCCGCCAACUGGCUCACCCAGCUCAACUCCAACGGCAAGAAGAAGACCCUGUUCGAGAACCACAUCGUCUAUCCUGUUGUGCUGCGUUAUCCUUUCAGGAAAAGGACUAGCUAGCAGGUGACAGACCGCCAUUUCCGCAACACGGCACUACAACUA